AUGUUUGCCGUUGAACACCCACCAACAUCCAGAUCUACGCCUCCGUCGGCAUCAUCGACGUCGACAUCGAUAGGGACUCGGGAUUCCAUUCAUCCAUAUAAAGGAAUUGCACCAAAAUUGUCAAGCUACAGCACGUCGGAAGAUAGCAUGUUGGAUACUGUUUCCGCGACAACCUCGACCUAUACCGCUACUGACUCGCCCCUAUUGCGUGAUUUGUCGGACCACCUGUUUGGCAGAUUGACCUUGGAGCCUAAACCCGUGGAUUUGAGCAAGUACGAGAUAAUCAGCGUGUUCCUCACCCAUUUGAUAAACAUGCGAGAUCCAGGCAUCAUCCUCACCCAGCCCAAAAAUCUUCAGUUUUUCAAAAGGUUCCAAGUGCAGACGCCUCCAGAGUCCAAUAGGGAAAUCUUGGACGGGAUACUAUUUCCCGCCGAUGUCUGGAUCAGAGACGAGGUCAGCAUUAAAAAUGUCGAAAUUAAAGUGACAAUGUUGAAUGAAAUCAAUAGCAUGUUGGAAAGCGAACUAGGCAAUAUCAGCGAGCAGAGCUCAUUUGAAGAGAUCACAUUGAGCUAUUAUGCCAAGUUGCUCACGGCCUACAAGGUUUAUGAAGUGCCCACGCGGAGUUUCCCUGUGAAAGAAGAUAGUUUUCUCCAAGGUCCGAUUGACGAGGAGUGUGAAGAAGGCAAACGCCAAGACGAUUUGGGGCUCUUUGGCAAACCUUUUUACCGAACCACCUCGAACCAAAGCCAGCAAUCACUGGGCUCGCAAAGUUCGAAAAACUCCAAAAAUAAAAGAACAAGCUCAACCAGCUCCCUUGGGAAAAAGCGACUUUCAUCUUUCUUAACUAAUGGGAAUAAGCAUCAGCCCCUAGAGGAUUCUUCUACGCCGCAUACUCCACCACAUCAACCAUUUGCCAACCAAAGAAGAAAUAGCAGUUUGAGCACAAUUACCGAUCUGACCAGCACCACCACCAAUUCGGGGCUUUUCCAUUCCAACUCUAAUUCAAAUUCAAAUCACCGUUCGUCGAGCCUGCGACAGUCUCCAGAGGGCCACGGCCCCACUGCAACCAUAAACUCAAUACUCUCCAAACUGAAAAUCUACAACCGAAUGAAAAAACACCGCGAUCUGUUGGCAUCUGUGGCAUCAAACAAGACUCAACUGAGUCCCUUGAGUCCCUUGAGCAACAGAUCGAGCUUAUCCACCGCCCAGACUGGCGCAACUUCCGUCGGGUCAAGGAGACGCAGCGUAGGCGUUCAAUCAAUCAACAAUAGCGGCGCCGCGUCAGUGACAUCUUCAGCGCACACCGUCACCGCUAUGGUGGAAGUCAUCAGCGAAGAGCAAAGACACGAGAACUCAAAGCAUAAGUACGACUACUACGUGCAGAUUUUCAAGUUGAAUCGCAACACAGAUAAAAUCAUGAAUGCGCUAGUGGCAAACACUCAAGUCCCCAAUGAAAAAUUGGUCAAGUUUUUGGAGUUUAUCAAGGAGAAAUUGUUGAAGUUUAUUAUUGUUGACGUUAUGUUUAUGAUCUUGAGCUAUGCUGAAGCCGGAUGUUCAAAUUUCAGCAAUCUUGUACGAUAUUAG